AGUUCUUCCUCCUGCCAGGGCUGAAGUUCUCAACUACUGCCAGCUCCUCUGUGCGCUUUGGCCUUCCCUGCUGCACACUCCCCCGGUCCCAGAGGAACCAGACAAUGUCCACAGACAUGGGGACUGCAGAUGUCGGCGAGGUGGACCCUGAAGCCCCACAACCCACCAACAUUGAAGUGCACAUCCAUCAGGAGUCUGUCCUGGCCAAACUCCUGCUGGCCGGAUGCUCGUUUCUAAGGGUCCCAGCAUCUGCCUCCACCCAGAGCCAGGGCAGCAGCAGAGUGCUGGUGGCCUCCUGGGUGGUGCAGAUCGUGCUGGGGAUCCUGAGUGUGGUUCUGGGUGGAAUUCUCUACAUCUGCCACUAUUUAGCCAUGAAUACCCAGGGUGCCCCCUUCUGGACCGGGAUCGUGGCUAUGCUGGCUGGAGCUGUCGCCUUCCUUCAAAAGAAACGGGGUGGUACCUGCUGGGCCCUGAUGAGGAUCCUUCUUGUGCUGACGAGUUUCUGCACAGCUGUGGCUGCCAUUGUUAUUGGGUCCAGGGAGUUCAAUAAUUACUGGUACUAUCUCAGAGAUGAUAUCUGUAAAAGCGACACUUCAUAUCGCUGGUCCACCAUGCCCAGCAUCACCCCAGUUCCCGAAGAAGCUAAUAGGAUAGGACUGUGCAUAUACUACAAAAGCAUGCUAAAGACCCUGCUCAUAAGCCUCCGGGCAAUGCUCUUGGGUGUCUGGGUGCUGCUGCUCCUGGCUUCUCUCAUCCCUGUAUGUGUCUACCUCUGGAAAAGAUUCUUCACAAAGGCGGAAACAGAGAAGAAACUGCUGGGUGCAGCUGUGAUCUAGCCCCAACUUUCCUCUUGCUCUGGGCGUCCCCCUUCUGAAGCCUGAAAGAAGCGUCAGGCAGGAAGAAGACCCUACCCCACUACCAGGGCCAUCGCCAUGGCCUGGCCCCACCCAACACCACAGCAGCUCACAAGAGCACUUGCUCAGUUCUCCUCUGCCUUCACCACCCUGCAUCCCUUCUCAGGCAGCAACUUGAUAAUAAACUCCCGUGCUACCGCUG